GAACCGAUCAAUUAAACAAGAGACCUGAGAAAAAGACGAGUAUCGUAAUGGCUAGCAAAGGGGGAAAGCUUUUGAAAAUCGCGGCUGUGACGGUGGCGAGGGCCAAAGGUAAGCAGGUUACGGGCUUGAGCUCGAUAUCUCCGUCGUCCAAUCUGGGAAAAUUCUUCGGCAUUCCAGCGCCCAAGCGAGCCGAAUUGGACGUGCUUGUGUACAAGUUCGUGAAACUCUACCGUGGUCAGGGACGAGGAAUGAAGAAGGGUGCUUUCACCGAGGAGAAGCUGAAGGACUUGUUGUCUGGAAAAGACAAAAUCGGGAUUCCCGAGAUUGUCAAGCUAAUGUCAGGCCAAAUCUGAUGAUCUUUGUUAAGAAAGUUUGAUCCUUUUUGUUCUUCAGUGGUUCUGUUUCUUUUCUUUGUUGCUUCAGCAUUUCAGUUUUGGUUAUAAUUUGGUAAUGGGAUAUUUCUGGGGUUUUGCUUGUUAGAGUUUUGAAUAAGCAUUUUAUGCCAUUAUACAUUUGUAAACUCAUCGAGACGAGAAACCUUUACAAAUGACUUGGCCAAA